UUCACAGCCGGUGUGAGUGAGCAGUGUGAGUGAGCUGGUCAUGCAGGAGGAGCAGCAGCAUCACCCCGAAUAAACUCGGCCAUCAUGCAGCAGCUCCAGAGUGUUUGAUGAACUCGGGUCAUACAAACAACUCUUCGAUUGUGCUUCUGCUGUUUCUGCUCUUAUAUUCGCGCCGUCCUCCGAGCAGCCCACACACGGGCCGACGGCAGCCUCCAUAAACAGCUCUAAGAAGACUUGACACUUCAUCUCCGGGAGAACAGACACACUAAAAAAUAAUGGGUAAAGAAAACGGAACUCUGUCGGAAUAUGAGCCUUUACUGAAAGACUUCAAAGAACCGGGGCAAGUUCAUCAGAUAAAGGUGCCCGGGAAAACCCUGCUGAUGGCCGUGUGGGCGGCGUGUAUCGGAGGAACGUUCCAGUACGGCUACAACGUGUCCAUUAUAAACGCUCCGACCAAGGCGGUGCAGACGUUCAUUAAUGAGACGUGGUCGGAACGUUACGGCGACGAAAUCCCAGAACAGCUCCUCACGUUCCUCUGGUCUUCCAUCGUCUCCAUCUUCACGAUCGGUGGGCUCAUCGGAGCGUCUGUGGGAGGAACGCUCGCCAUCAGGUUUGGGAGGAAAGGGACUUUAUUAUUUAAUAACAGUUUUGCUCUGCUGGCCGCUCUGCUGAUGGGGAUGAGUUAUUACGCCAGCGCGUUUGAGCUGCUCAUUCUCGGGCGCUUUCUGUCCGGAGUGAAUGCAGGUGUGGGGAUCUGUGUGCAGCCCCUCUAUCUGGGUGAGAUUGCCCCCCGGGCUCUGCGGGGCGCCAUGGCGAUGGGCACGUCCAUUUUCAUCACAGGGGGAAUUCUAACGGGACAGGUGAUGGGACUCACUGAGCUGCUGGGUAAGGAAGGCUACUGGCCCCUCCUCCUCUCCACCACCUGCAUUCCAGCACUGCUGCAGCUCCUGAUCCUGCCCUGGUUCCCCGAGAGUCCACGGUACCUGCUGAUUGACCGCGGUGAUGACAGUGCCUGCAACCUGGCUCUGAAGCAGCUUCACGGCGGAGAAAACUAUCAUGGAGAGAGAGAGGACAUGGAGCGAGAGCGAGCGAGUGCUACGGGAGUCAAACCGCUGAAACCGUGGGAGCUCUUCACUGACAAAACCCUGCGCUGGCCGCUCUUCACCAUCAUCACCAUCAGCAUUGCACAGCAGCUGAACGGCAUUAACGCUAUUUAUUUCUAUGCAGAGUAUGUAUUUGCUGAGGCUGGAAUUCCCUUUGAAAAAAUCCCAUAUGCUACUGUGGGGACUGGAGCGUGCGAGUGCCUCACAGCGCUGACCUGUGGUUUGCUGAUUGAUUCUUUGGGUCGACGGGUGUUGAUCAUUGGAGGAUACUUGCUCAUGUCCCUGUGGUGCAUCUGCUUCACCAUCACUCUGACCUUUCAGACGUACAGCUCCUGGAUGCCGUAUCUCAGCAUGGCUUGCGUUUUUGCCUUCAUCCUCAGCUUUGGCCUCGGACCAGGGGGUGUAACUAAUAUCCUGAUCACAGAGCUGUUCACUCAGACCGCACGGCCGGCAGCGUACAUGAUCGGCGGAUCAGUGAACUGGCUCAGCUUCUUCUUCAUCGGCAUGGUGUUCCCCUUCAUAGUGAAUGGUCUGCAGCAGUACUGUUUCCUCGUCUUCCUCGUCGUUUGCUGCCUUGUGGCCACGUUCAUCUUCUUUGUUGUCCCUGAAACCAAAAAUAAGACGUUUCUGGAGAUCCAGAGUGAGUUCCUCCGCAGAAAGACGACUAACCUGACUGCCACUAAAGGCUCGGACCCGCUGCUGUCCACUUCACUGUAACUAAAAGCCCUGCAGGAGGAAAACUGAGGCCUGCUGCUCGUUCCUGACCAUUCAUUUCUGUUCAGUGCCCAGCAAGUUAACGCUGUGCAGACUAACCCUUAGAAGUCUAGAGUUAUUCCUGCUGUGUUGCUGUACUUUUGCAUAGUCAUUUCAUAGGUAGUUAAAUGUAACGGGGGGCGAGGUUGCGGACGCAUAUGCGGAGACAAGCGACGUUUGUUGUGGGCAAAUCCAGGGUCGUAGUCAAUCAACACGAUCAACACGAUCAAACAACCAAACAGUUCAGACACCAAACAAAGAUUCAAACAACAGCACAUAGACCAGCACAUCCAACACAAAGACCAACGAAAACAAAGGGCUUAUAAAACACAGGGAUAACGAGGGACAGGCGGAAAACA